AUGUGCUAUGACCGCUACGUGUCCAUCUGCAAACCCCUGCACUACGGGAUCCUCCUGGGCAGCAGAGCUUGUGCCCACAUGGCAGCAGCUGCCUGGGCCAGUGCCUUUCUCAAUGCUCUGCUGCACACAGCCAAUACAUUUUCCCUGCCCUUGUGCCAUGGCAAUGCCCUGGGCCAGUUCUUCUGUGAAAUCCCACAGAUCCUCAAACUCUCCUGCUCAGACCUCAAACUCAGGGAAACUGGGCUCCUUGCUGUUAGUGCUGGUUUGGCUUUUGGUUGUUUUGUGUUCAUUGUUUUCUCCUAUGUGCAGAUCUUCAGGGUUCUGCUAAGGAUCCCGUCUGAGCAGGGACAGCACAAAGCCUUUUCCACAUGCCUUCCUCACCUGGCUGUGGUCUCCCUGUUCCUCAGCACUAUCAUGUUUGCUCACCUGAAGCCCACCUCCAUCUCCUCCCCAUCCCUGGAUCUGGCUCUGUCAGUUCUGUACUCGGUCGUGCCUCCAGCCCUGAACCCCCUCAUCUACAGCCUGAGGAACCAGGAGCUCAAGGCUGCAGUGAGGAGACUGAUGAAUGGACGAUUUCAGACAUGCUGA